AUGGUCGGGUGUACUUGGUCCGACAAGUUGAAGAGCUCAACAGUGAUUAGUGAAACCGCAGAGCGUGUCCAGAUGACUAGGCUAUCCCCGGCCUCCCCGAGUCAGGCGAGGAAAUCAAUUUCAGCACCCACCGGCUCCCCUACAUUCACCAAGCCAAAGUCUCCCAUGACGACAACCGGUUCUUGGGUACACGAGGAUUUCGGGGCCUCCUCAGCGGAUCGCAAAGAGAACACGGAGCUCGACAAGAAGGAAAAGAUUAUCGAAGGAUUGCAACGAGCGCUCAAAGACAGAGAUUCUCAAAUCGUUGAGCUACGGUUGAUGGGCGAUCGGAGCGGAGUCCUGAUACAAGAGCUGCAAUUAAGCCUCAAACGCGCAAAUGAGAACAUGGAAAGACUGCAAUACGAAUUUGCGGUUUCCUGGAUGGCAAACACCAGCGACGUGGAGGUGAAGCACAACGGCAAAGCCCACCCAGGUGAAUGUGAAGACGGAACCGACGGCGACAAGCCCGUCCCAGCUCUUCGUGAGACCGAUUCGAAUGAAUCUGAUCUCGAAAUCGAGAUGAAUUCUACGUCGAGGUCCUCCAAUAGUCGAGAUACUGCCGAGAUCAACGACGAAUUGGUAUCGUCGCAGUCCUGCACUAGCUCUUCGGGUACGACUGCUAGUGCAGGGUUGUCAGCCUUUGAGUCUCGCCCGGAAAAGAAGAUCGUUACUGUGGGAUCGGCACCGAAGCUCACAUUUCCUAUCAAGAACGGAGGUAAAAUUCCCGCUAGGUGCAGCGACGAGACCUCCAAGUCAGGUCUCCCAUCUGCCGCAUUCGAUUUCGGGCUCUGGAUUGUUAAUGGGAAGAUUCCGGAUGUCCGAUAUAUAAGCAAGGACCAGCGCGCAUCUCUAUUCAAGGGACCUACUGUCCUGGUCUGCGUGGGGAAAGAAAAGAUUCCCAACGUUCCGAAGCACAUGUUCAUGGCAGUGUCUUCCAAGGCGCGUGAACAUUUCUUGAAUUGCCCAGCCGAUUCCUUCUUUGACGUUGCCGAUAACAACAUUGACCCGGCUGAUGUCAAAGAUAUCGUUGCCUGGUUCACGGCAAUCGGAACGUGUAAAGGGGACACAUACAGCUUGAAGAUCCAACCGAACCAUGAGCACAACGUCAAGCUUCGGUAUGCAGCCAUUGUCCUUGGUAUGGAGGGUUACGUUCGACAUAUAACCAAGCACCUCUGCGAUCAAGUUCGUGAGGGCGCUGUACCUAUAUCCCUCGUUCGCAGUAUCGUUCAUUUUACUUCCGACAACGAUUCACUGAUGAAGUGUUUGGUCAACAACCUGGCUCACGCUCAAGUCAAGGGCAAAUUAUCUGCUCAUCCUAAGCUUGCUGCAUUCGUCUCGAGCAAUCCACAAUUCAGUGACGCAGCCCAGCGAAUUGCAUCCGGCAUGAUGCCCAAGCGUGCGGUCUCUCGCGGUCGAAAUGAGUCCUUCCCAGAUAAGGCUGGAAAAGAGGCUUUCCGAUCUGCCUCAGCGAAGUCCGCUUCCCCUUCAAAGAAGCGCACGAAAGCCCUGGUUUCCCCGAAAUCGACUCCGCGCCACAUCGCUCAUGGUGUGCAAGUCCUGUCUGCUCGUGAGGCAGCCAAGCUCCCCCGCCGUAGUGCUUAG